AUGCCAUCAAAUUGUGAAGAGGUUCAGCUACAUGACACCGUGAGAGCUCCCUACAGUGGUGAAACUGAUCUUAAUGGGGCUCCCAUUUUCUCUUCUGAAUCAACUACUACAUACUCCAAGCCACGAAUGCCAUCACAAUCAAUGCCAAAUGGCAGCGUGCAACCAGAGGCAGCAAGCAAAAGGUUGAACGAUAAGAGAACUAAGUUUUUCAAAACAUGGUACGGUAAACUUGAGGCGAAAUUAUCAAUUCUGCAUGGAAGGGUACAUACACAAAGUGUAGAAGACGAUAACAACUUAAGCAACACUGAGAACCCUUUACCUGUUGAUUCGUUCGUGAAAGCACUGGAAGAUCCACAUGUACAAACUCCUAAAGUAUGCAGUCGUACUCUUCUAUGUGUAACAAAUGUUUCACAUCCUAGAAAUCCUUCAAUGCUGUUUUUACUGAUGUUUCAACCAUUUGAGUCUUAUGUAGACGAACAUAACAUAACCAUUUUUUCCUAA